GAGUGCUGAAAAAGAAAUUGAGAGAAAAUGUGAGGAGAAGGAGGAGGGAGAAAAAAAUCAAGAGAGUGAGAAAAAGAUGUGUGAGUAUGUCCCUACAAUUCCAUUCCCUCAAAGGUUGAAGAAGCAAGAACAAGCCAAGCAAUUUGCAAGAUUUCUUGAUGUUUUUAAGAAGCUCCACAUUAAUAUUCCAUUCGCUGAAGCAUUGGAGCAAAUGCCAAGUUAUGCUAAAUUCAUGAAAGACUUGCUGUCAAAGAAGAGGAAGCUUCAAGAUGAUGAAACAAUUAUGCUCACAGAGGAGUGCAGUGCAAUAAUUCAGCAAAAAUUACCUCCCAAGUUGAAGGAUCCAGGGAGCUUUGUCAUUCCAUGUGAGAUUGGGAAUAUAAUGGUGGGUAAGGCAUUGUGUGACCUUGGAGCAAGUAUCAACUUGAUGCCUUUGUCCAUUUUUAAGAGGCUGGGUAUUGGAGACGUGAAGCCCACUAUGAUCACUCUACAAUUAGCAGACCGAUCAAUGACUUAUCCUUAUGGAAUUGUAGAAGAUGUUCUAGUAAAGGUGGACAAAUUUAUUUUCCCAGCAGAUUUUGUGGUUCUUGACAUGGAAGAAGAUGCUAAAGUCCCAAUCAUAUUGGGAAGACCUUUCUUAGCAACAGGGAGAGCAUUGAUAGAUGUAGAACAAGGACAAUUGAUGUUAAGAGUGGCAGAUGAAAAAGUCACAUUUUCUAUGACUGAAGCAGUGAAGCACAAACUUGACAGAGAGGACUGUUUCAAAGCUGAAAUAAGGGAGUCUCUGGUGUUGGAGGAGAUAAAUUUCCAUGUAAAGCAGAAUCCAUUAGAGAGAACUCUAUUAUCAGGAGUGGAAGCAAAGGAGUUAAAAAGAGAAAUUAAUGAUGAAGAGGUGGUGAAGUGCGAUCAUCAAUUGGAAGUGCUGAAGCCAAUAUUCAAUUCCACCAGGGGAAUAGAAGAUUUACACAAGAGUGAAGAUGGAGGAGUAGAAACGUCCAAGGUGGAAUUGAAACAACUUCCUUCUCACCUUAAAUACAGGUUCCUAGAUGAGCAAAAGCUUAAUCCAGUAAUUGUGAGCAAUGAACUUUCCUCCACUGAAGAAGAUAAACUCUUAAGGGUGUUACGGGAGUAUAAAUCUGCCAUUGGGUGGAAAAUUGAUGAUUUGCAAGGUAUUAGUCCUACUGUGUGCAUGCAUAAAAUUUAUUUGGAAGAGGAUUUUAAACCCGUGCGUCAACCACAAAGAAGACUCAACCCAACUAUGAAGGAAGUGGUAAGGAAAGAAGUAAUUAAAUUGCUAGAUGCAGGAAUUAUCUACCCAAUUUCUGAUAGUGAGUGGGUAAGUCCUGUUCAUGUUGUACCCAAGAANGGAGGNAUGACAGUGGUGACCAAUGAAGCCAAUGANCUCAUUCNUACAAGAAAAGUCACAGGUUGGCGGAUGUGCAUAGAUUACCGAAGACUGAAUCAAGCCACAAGAAAGGAUCAUUUUCCACUUCCAUUCAUAGAUCAAAUGGUGGAAAAAUUGGCAGGGCAUGCAUACUACUGCUUUCUAGAUGGCACAACAUGCGACCACCAUGUUGGCAGCACUACUUCGUGUAGCUCUCCCACGGCAGUGGUGGCAUUCUCCCAUGGCAGUGGUGGUGUUCUCCAACGACAGCGGUGA